UUGGUCACGCAUGCGCAAUCCCACGCCUUGGGCAGAGCCGCUUCCAGUUAACGACGCUGAGUUUUUUGGGGAUCCGAUACUAGCCGGGGUCGGCAGCUGAGGAGGAGAGGGCCCAGGGAAGCCGGCGGAGAACUUUGAUGCGAUCGAAUUCCUCUUCACCCUGAUUGGACGACGGUUGGGGACGCGUCAUAACGCCUGGCCGCGACGUCAUUUUUGUGUGAGUGACGUAUCUGAGGGGGGUGAGGAGGCGGAGGAUCCGAGGGAAGGGGGUACACAAAGGAACUGUUGAAAGUGGCUUUGGAAGAGUAAUACAAUGAAGAACCAAGAUGGGGAAAACAAAGCUGUCCUACUACCUGCCAGUCCUUCUAAAAUAAACUGUUGUCUGGGGCCAGAUGCUAGUGACUUAGCUGAGUCUCUUAUAAUGUCUUCAGGAAGCAGUAAAUGUACACACCCUCCUGAGCCGUACAACUCAAAGCCUUUGAUUGAUGGAAGCGGUCAAACUCCAGCAAGCGAAGAACAAAGCAAGAAAGAGGCAUCUAUGACAGAGGAAGCGGCAUCCCAGCCCCACCAGUCUGCCACCUGUGAUGUCUCUGAAGAACUGAGCAGACAGCUGGAGGAUAUCCUGAACACUUACUGUAUGGAUACUAACCAAGAAGGUCCAGGAGAUGAAAGUGGGCAGAAUGAACCUGUAGAGCUGGAUGAGGCUGAAAAGGGCCGGAGUGAGUCCCCACGGAAUGGCGAGCAGGAACAGAGUUGUCCUGAGAUAAAUGGGGAAAAAGAGAGCCCUAGGGGAACCAAUGAUGAGGGUACAGAGCGUGAUCAGAAGCGAGCCCAGGAAAAAAAGAAGGCCAAAGGGCUUGGAAAGGAGAUCACAUUGCUGAUGCAGACCCUCAACACCCUCAGCACAUCAGAGGAGAGGUUGGCAGCCCUCUGCAAGAAGUAUGCAGAACUGCUGGAAGAGCACCGGAACUCUCAGAAGCAGAUGAAAAUCUUGCAGAAAAAGCAGACUCAGCUGGUGCAGGAGAAGGACCAUUUACGGAGUGAACACAGCAAGGCGAUUUUGGCCCGCAGCAAGUUGGAGAGCUUGUGCCGGGAGCUUCAGAGGCACAACCGCACCCUCAAGGAGGAGGGCGUCCAGCGUGCCCGUGAAGAAGAGGAAAAGCGGAAGGAGGUGACCUCCCAUUUUCAGGUGACGCUCAAUGACAUCCAGUUGCAGAUGGAGCAGCAUAACGAGCGCAACUCCAAGCUGCGGCAGGAAAACAUGGAGUUGGCUGAGCGCCUGAAGAAGCUGAUUGAACAGUACGAGCUUCGAGAGGAGCACAUCGACAAAGUCUUCAAACACAAGGACUUGCAGCAGCAGUUGGUGGAUGCCAAACUCCAGCAGGCCCAGGAGAUGCUGAAGGAGGCUGAGGAGAGAUACCAGCGAGAGAAGGACUUUCUGUUAAAAGAGGCUGUGGAGUCCCAGAGAAUGUGUGAGUUGAUGAAGCAACAGGAGACCCAUCUUAAGCAGCAGCUGGCCCUCUAUACAGAGAAGUUUGAAGAGUUUCAGAAUACCCUUUCCAAAAGCAGUGAGGUGUUCACCACUUUCAAACAAGAAAUGGAGAAGAUGACAAAGAAGAUCAAGAAGCUGGAGAAAGAGACCACAAUGUACAGGUCUCGCUGGGAAAGCAGCAACAAGGCUCUUCUGGAAAUGGCAGAAGAGAAAACACUCCGGGACAAAGAGCUGGAAGGGCUCCAGGUGAAAAUCCAGCGCCUUGAGAAGUUGUGCCGAGCCCUGCAGACGGAGCGCAAUGACCUGAACAAGAAGGUCCAGGACCUGUGUGCCCUCUCUUCUCCAGCCGCUGGCAUGAGCACCCUGGAACUACCAAAGGACCAAUUGCCAGGCAGCUCAGAUGAACUGGCACCCCAGGAUAGUGUGGCGGGGGAAUGCUUUCCUCCAGCACAGGAGGGCUGCUGCGCAGGACCACCUGCUGAGACCCUUGGUGAACUGAGCAUAGCAGCACAAGCCCAGGAGGAGGCAGAGGCAGCUGCAAAUUCUGUUGAGUGAAGGUGGAAGAAGGGAGGCUGACUGGCAAACUUCAAGAGACUCAUCUAGUCACCUUUCCUGAAGCCAGGGCUGGGGGUGAGAGCUCAGCCCUCCUGGGCCUUUGAGAUUCUCCAGUUAACAGUUUUUUUUACAAUAUUGAAAGCUUUUUUGAGGGGGUUGCUUUUUUAAAAGAUCUGUAUAUGACACAAAGUUCACAGGGUAACCCCCACUUUUUAGAGAAAGACAGAAUGAAACUAGGAUCAGUCCACUUUGGUAUGUGUCAGGUGACUCUCUAUAUUUAAGGCAGCGUCACCAAAAGACCUUGUGACAGGUGAUCCGGGGCAAACCUCUCACCCGUUUCACAUUUGCAGUGCCUGUUUGACCCCUAAAGCUUAAUGGGUGCUGUGCUGUGAAUGCAAAUGAAAAGCAAAAGUGGAUAUCAGAGGGGCUUGGGGGAUUUCCCCCCCUUCGUAAAAGUUUCAAGGGGGAAAAAUAUAGCCCCAAAGUUUAACCCCAGUACAGGAGACUCAGGAGUUUGGUAUGUUAUGAGUUGUUUAAUUUUGAGAUUUACUUUUUUAAAAAGAGAAUUAAGUCAGUGUGGUUUUGUUUCAUGGGGAACUGAGAGACUAAGACCAUGAAGCCCUGUCAGUUUGAAGGAGAGGAGGCAAUCCCUUCCAGGACUUUGCUAUUCCCAGAAUCUGUGUCUCAAUAGCCUUAUAACUUCACCGUUGCCUCUAUGCUUAUAUGCACACACGCACAAGCGUAUGUAUUAAAGGUUUAAUCCAAAGGUUUUUACUUCCUUAAGUGUUUUGCACAAAACGAAUGUCCACGCACCUGUUUGUGCGGAGCAUAUCCCUGGGGCAGGAGGGGGGUACCUUACCCCAGCAUCUUCCUCUCCGUGGGCCUUGGUAUUCAGUGACAGGGUGACACAAUUUGACUUCCCUUUCAAACACUGUUGGGUAACAAACACAGAACUACAUAUCUGCAGCUGUCUGGAGCUUGUCAGGAAUGACUCGAAUUCUUUACCUUAACUGCAGUUUUACAGGCCAUCCUUUCUGCUGAAUCUUGUGGAGGAGACAAAAAGAUGUCCCGCUUAGCCUUUAACAAUUCCUCUGUUGGUUUUUCAGCUUAUUUCUGUUUGAGGCCCAGUUUACGGUCAUACAUUUUGUUCCACUUCCUGAUUUUCCAACCAGUUGCAGAUUUCAUCUUUUGUGUGUUCGCCCUUGCCACAUAUUUUUUGGAAAGUUAACUUCCCUCCCUUUCUAGACCCUUUUUUAAAGACUUAGCAUUCCAUUCUUGCAAAGCUGUUUGCAGACCAGAUAUGUGUUGCAUUAUGAGCUUUUGGGAGCCAGCGUGUAAGAGCAGUCAGCGGAAAGGCACGCUUGUGCCCGUCACCCAGUGACUUCCCUGUACUUCACCUUCCACCGGAUUUCAGCAUUUCUUUGGCACAGCCUCCUGUUCAAACGAGCAGAUCAACUUCCUCCACUUUUCUGGGGUUUGCUUAUAUUUUCUUGGGCCCCUCAUUGGAAAUGGUGAUUCCAUCACCGUGGCUUCUGGCGUUUGGUGGGGAUGGUAGAAAGCUAAUGAUGUGGAUGUAAAGGGGGACCACAACUCACAUCUUGGCUGACUAUUGGGCCGGAAUUGGCCACCGCUGUUCAGAUAUAUCCCUGCUCUUGCUCUUUCAUGGGAACCUUCACAUCAUUUUAACAGGUGUUGCACAAAUAGGCUAUAUCCUGAUCUGUUGUACAUAUAUUUUGUAUCCAAUAGAAACCAACAUAAACUCGAUGGCACGUUUGAAGCUUUCUUUCUUCCUUCCACUUUGAACAGCAUGGUUGAUCUUGAAUCUCAUGGAGUUUGCUAUUCCUAGACUCCAUCCCAAUUAGUAUAAACAUUUGGACAGGGCUUGCACUAUUUGUAUUGCUUUCCUGUGUGCUCUUUCAAAGAAAUGGGUGAAUCUUGAAUUGGCUGACUUAAUUGGGCUUUGAAAAAGUAUGGUGUGUAUACAGCUGAGAUAAACUUUUUAAAAUUUUGAGAAUCUGGAAGUGGUGGCAUGCGACUUAAGAGAAUGGCAGAAUUCUUCAGCUUCAGAACCAGGUUGUUGGGACCCAGUUCAGGUACACAACUGGUAUUUUUCCACCCUGAACUGCUUAAGUAUAUGCUGAAACAGGGUGAUACCUUACUGUUUAUACUACAAUAUAAAUUAAACUAAUAUUGUACAUUUA